AUGGGAAUCGAUUACUAUAAGGUUCUUCAGGUUGAUAGGAGUGCGAAUGAUGAUGAGUUAAAGAAAGCUUAUCGCAAACUCGCUAUGAAGUGGCAUCCUGAUAAGAACCCUAACAGCAAAAAAGAAGCCGAAGCUAAAUUCAAACAGAUCUCCGAAGCUUACGAUGUUUUGAGUGAUCCUCAAAAACGAGAAAUCUAUGAGCAAUACGGAGAAGAAGGAUUAAAGAGCCAGGCUCCACCUCCAGACGCCGGAGCAUCUUUCGGGUUCAAUCCAAGAAGUGCAGAUGAUAUAUUCUCCGAGUUUUUCGGAAUCCCAAGGAACUGUGGUAUACCUUCUGGUUAUAGGUAUGGCGAUGACAUCUUCGCUGCGUACAGGGCUGCUACUGGAGGAGGAGGAGAAACCUCGUAUCCGGUAAGGAAAGGUGCUCCGAUUGAGAGACAAUUGCCUUGUAAUUUGGAAGAUAUUUAUAAAGGAGUCACCAAGAAGAUGAAGAUCUCUCGUGAUGUUUUUGACUCGAGCGGGAGGCCAACAGCGGUUGAGGAGAUCUUGACGAUAGAUAUCAAACCUGGUUGGAAAAAAGGAACAAAGAUAACCUUCCAGGGAAAAGGUAACGAGCAGCGUGGAAUCAUUCCAUCGGAUCUUGUUUUCAUUGUAGAUGAGAAACCGCAUUCCGUUUACAAACGAGACGGGAAUGAUCUUGUGGUAGUGCAAAAGAUCUCUCUCAUGGAAGCUCUCACGGGGUACACCGCACAGGUCACAACUCUUGACGGAAGAAUUCUUACCGUUCUUGUGGACAAUGUGAUCAGUCCGACGUACGAAGAGGUUGUGAAAGGCGAAGGCAUGCCGAUCCCUAAAGAUCCAUCAAGAAAAGGGAAUUUGAGAAUCAGAUUCAGCAUCAAGUUCCCUUCUAAACUAACCACUGAGCAGAAAUCAGGGAUCAAACGGAUGUUUUCAUCUUGA